ACCACCACCACCACCUCCACCACUAGGUCGAGUCUAGGAGGAGGAGGAGGAGGAAGAGGAGGAGGAGGAGGAGGAGGGAUGAGGCGCGCGGUGGAGGGGAAAUGGCUGCCGAAAACAAGCCGGAAGGACUGAAGAAGAUAAGAAAUCCAGAGCGAAUGGUCCGGAUUGCCGUUGGUUACACAGGACACACCCCUCCCAAGAGUGACGACACUGACGCCAACAAUGAGCCAGGCCAGUUGAAGAUCUACCUUCCUAAGAAGCUGCUAGAGUGUCUGCCCAAAUGUUCCUCUCUGCCCAAGGAGCGCCAUCGCUGGAACACCAACGAGGAGAUUGCUGCAUAUCUCAUCACUUUUGAGAAACAUGAUGAGUGGCUGACGACAUCGCCAAAAACCAGGCCUCAAAAUGGCUCUAUGAUCCUCUACAAUCGUAAGAAGGUGAAGUACAGGAAGGAUGGCUACUGCUGGAAAAAAAGGAAAGACGGGAAGACCACCAGAGAGGAUCACAUGAAACUCAAAGUCCAGGGAGUAGAGUGUCUGUAUGGCUGCUACGUCCACUCCUCCAUCAUCCCCACCUUCCAUCGUAGAUGCUAUUGGCUGCUGCAGAAUCCAGACAUUGUGCUUGUGCACUACUUGAAUGUACCGGCAGUGGACGAUAGCGGGAAGCCAUGUGGUCCUGUCCUUUGCUCCAUCAACACAGACAGAAAGGAGUGGGCCAAGUGGAGCAAGGAGGAGCUCAUUGGACAACUCAAACCCAUGUGUGCUGGAAGCAGCCUGCAUCAAAAAUGUUCCAGUGUCAAGCAGCGCAUCAUCUCAUCCAAGCAGGAGUCAGGGACAGCAGCGGGAGGUGGAGGUGCAGCAGGUACCGGUGUAGCGGCAGGCCAGAGAGCUGAGGAAGCAGAUGGCUCAGAGGUUCAGAACAGCGAUGUGUCAGAGGGCCAGACAGAGCGCACUCCUACCGGGGGCAGGAGUAGAGCCGGUGGAGGAGAGAGGAGGAAUGGCAGGAUAAACAACAAACCCUCCCUACUCCCACAGAGCAGCAUGGAAGUGUCCUCAUCUACCUCCACUAACCAGGUGGAGGUCCCUGACACCACCCAGAGCUCCCCAUUGUCAAUCACCAGCGACAUGGCUGAUAGUCCCGCUCUGGCUAUUGGGGCAGGCUUGACACAGAGCACAGCUGUGUUCAUGUCUGAGGUCACCACGCUGACUGGUGAUUCAGUUUUCUCUGCAGGCCACACCCACCUGCUGGAAUCCACCCAUGAAAGCCCCACCGCUGGCAUCCUGUUGGCCGUUGCCCCUGAAAAUCAGAGGUUUGCUUCGUUUCCGGGUGGUGUGGGCUUAGGGGAAGCCGGAGAGUUGGUUCUGUCAAGCUCUUUAGACUCUGGUGGAGGAGUCAGCAUUCCUGAGACCACCAUGAACUUUGACCCUGAUUGCUUCCUCAACAAUCCCAAGCAGGGCCAGACGUAUGGAGGAGGUGGAGGGAAGGCUGAGGGAUGUAACGGCGAUCAUGGAGGACUUCACGGCUCCUCCAACGGCUUCAUCUACAACCCGGCCCUUGUUAACAACAUUAAGACGGAACCUACACCCUUGGAGCCCCCGCUGGCCGCUCAGAGCAGCUAUGUAGGGGAAGGGACGGGCCUCAGUCCCAGCACCACCCUGGAGCAGAUGGACUUCAGUGCGGUGAUGUCAUCAGCGUGUGUCCCAAAUCUGAGCCAGCCUGUACACCACCCCUCCCCCAGCCUCUUCCUCCAGGCCUCCCCCCAGGCAAGCCAGCCCUCAAAGCUGCAGACCAAUGGCACUGAGGCCACACAGGAACCAGGCGAGGCACAGGCUUUUAUCGGCCUGCCCACGGUGCAAACAGACAUACCAGUCGCCAAUGGAGACCCGCAUACAAACCUCCACCAAGCCAGCCCAAACCUGCAGGGCCUGUGUGGAAGGAAUGGACAAGAAGCAGCUAUGGGCUCUUUUCCUCUAAAACCACAGGAUACGACCGCCGAGCAGUCCGGCAGCAGGGGACAUCGAGAGGUCGGGGGCCUAGAUAAGACUUCUCAGAAUGGAGGGGAGUUGCUUCUCAAGUCUGGAGAUCCUCACGUUGCCUACACAAGUGUUGACACCGAACACUACCCGCAACCCACUGAUGACAAUGGAGGAGGAGAAGAGGGAAGAGGUGGUGGUGGAGGACUACGGGACAAUGAAAUUCUCUGUAAUGGCGUUAGCUUGUCAGGGGCCAAUAGUUCUCUGGUGGCCAACAGCCAGUCAAUAGCUGCUGGUACAAGCAUCGAGGGGGCACUUUAUAGCUCUCCUCUUCCUCAGCAAGGGGUGGGGGCAUCAACUGCAACAACAGGGGCAGGAGCGGCCAUUAGUCUGGAAGGCUUUGAGGCUUCCUUUGGAAGCCAGUUCUCUGAUCUUAUCAAUGAUUUCAUCUCAGUUGAGGGGUCUGGAGGUGGGGUGGGGGCAGCUGUGACCGGGGUUCUAAUGCCUCAGGAGGGGGCGGCAGGAGAGGGGCGGGGCACUGGAGCAGGCCACCUGCAGGGCUCGGAGGUGGAGCAGGGAGCUCUUGGAAUGCUCCAGGGGACUGGGAGGCUGUUUGGUGUGACGGACUACUCCCCAGAGUGGUCUUAUCCAGAGGGUGGAGUGAAGGUGCUUAUCACAGGUCCGUGGUUGGAGUCGAGCAGUGAGUACAGCUGUCUCUUUGAUCACAUCAGUGUCCCUGCUGCACUCAUCCAGCCCGGGGUGCUGCGCUGCUACUGCCCAGCACAUGACACAGGACUGGUGAUGCUACAGGUAGCUAUGGGCGGUGAGGUCAUCUCUUCCUCUGUGGUGUUUGAAUACAAGGCGCGUGACCUCCCUGCCCUGCCAUCUUCUCAGCACGACUGGCUGUCCCUCGAUGAUACUCAAUUCAGGAUGUCCAUCCUGGAGCGUCUCGAGCAGAUGGAACAGAGAAUGGCUGAGAUAACCAAUCAAAACCCCAGUUCAGAAACCAUGGCAACGAGGGAUGGAGGAUUGGAGGGAGGAGGAGCUACUGAUCAGCAGUCUCAAAUUUCUACUGAUCAAGGUUCGUUCGAAGGUCGUGUUGUGGUGGUUUGUGAGAAGAUGAUGUCUCAGCCCUGCUGGGCUUCGUCUAAUCAGCUCGUUCACAGCAAGAACUCCAGAGGAAUGACCUUACUGCAUCUGGCUGCAGCUCAGGGCUAUGCAGGGCUCAUUCAGACCCUCAUUCGCUGGCGUACAAAGCAUGCAGACAGUAUUGACCUCGAGCUAGAGGUGGAUCCUCUCAACGUAGACCACUUCUCCUGUACUCCAUUGAUGUGGGCGUGCGCUCUGGGGCACACUGAGGCAGCAUUGGUGCUUUAUCAGUGGGACCCAAGAGCUCUGGCUAUUCCUGAUUCGCUUGGACGCUUGCCGCUCAACAUUGCCCGAUCCCGGGGCCACACUCGAUUGGCUGAGCUCUUAGAGCAGCUGCAGCUGACUCCCCAAGCUCAGGGCCAGUCUGCUGACACUUGGAUGGACAGGUGGAGAGGAGAGUCACAGACCAGCGGAAUAAGCAACAGCCCUAUGCCAAACCCUAACUUAGAGCUGAGGAGAGGCAGGGCGGAGAGCCAACCAGACAACCCGAACCCGAACUGGAACCAAACAGGACACCGAGCCCAGCCGGGAACCCAGGGAGAACAGGGAGGCCCACCCCCAGCCAAGAGACUCAAACCCAGCCCCGACACCCAGCAACAGUUAGCUAACUCAACCCCUGGUACCAACACCCUCUCCACCCUCCUCAACUCGUCCCCUGGUCCUAACCCUCAAUGCUCUCUCCUCCCCAACACCCUACAAACUCAACCCUCCAACCUUAGCUGUCAGAAAGCAACCCCGGCCAGCUCGAGCCCGAAUCGACCUCAGCUCCCCAGCCCUCCAUUCUCCCACCUGCAGGCCAGGAUAGGGGGGUCAGGAGGGGGCAACGGCUGGAGUCCGAGACAGACUCUGGGCCAGCGUAGCCUAGCCAGGAGGAUUCUAGGAAAAGAACGACUGGCCAUUCACCUGCGCCAAAGGGUGCUGUGUGACAGGGGAGAGGAGACGGAGCUGCUGACCUAUCAGGAUAACACAGAGGACCUGCAGAUGGACAUUACGAUGCUUGCUGAUCACAUCGUGGAGGCUUCAACUUGUAGGCUCAAGCAGGAGGAAAUGGCAACUGAAACGGACCCCAGGAUCAGCGGUGAUGUCAAAUUACUGACUGGUUACCUCGGUGAGGUGGAGAGGUUUCUAAACUCUCAGACUCCUAGCCCCAAACCAAACUCUCUCUCAGGGCCUGAGGAUCAGCAGAGUCCACAGGCUAAAGAAGCCCUACCCUCCCUCUCUGACUGGACCUCCUUCCUCUGUGCAGCUAUGAAAGAAGAACGGUUAAAAAGUGACUCCUGUCUGGCCAUGACCGAGGCAGAGCAGGGGGAGCUGUAUGAGACCAUCAGGCAUGCUCUGCACUCCCUCAGAAAAAACAAGGGUCCCAUUCAGGAGCAACGUAAGGAGAUUGCAGCAGUGAUUCAGCGCUGCUAUAAGAGAUACAAGCAGUAUGCACUUUAUAAGAGGAUGACCCUGGCAGCCAUCCUGAUCCAGAGUCGUUUCCGGAGUUUCCAUGAGCAGAGGAAGUUCCAACAGAGUCGAAGAGCAGCGGUCCUCAUCCAGCAAUACUACCGCUCCUAUAGACACUCCCUCGGGUACUUCACACACACUCUCACACACGGAAAGGGCAUAUUCAUGCCAAAGAUUUGUUCUUACUCCUGUGUCUUCCCUUACAGCAGCCUCCUGACGAAAAAACAAAACCAGGCUGCUCGCAAGAUCCUGAGAUUCCUGCUCCGAUGCCGCCACAGCCCCUUGAUGGACCACAGGCCGCUGAAACGGGGCGAAAGAGCAGAGAAAGGCCAAGGGUCCUGAGAGCCCACCUCUAGGCCCACAUGCAAAGCCCCCUCAGCCUGUGAGCAAUCUAUAAACCCACCCCGCCCUCCAUCUUCCUCUUUUUCCUUUAUUCCAUCUUCCCAAAAACUCCAUUCCUCAACCCCGUCUCCUGCCCUUUCCAUUUCCCUCCCCGGCCUGCUUUCUCAUCCUAUCUUCCUUCUUCUCUCAAGAGGGCAAAAAACUCUUCCCAGACGGACUGAGGACAGGAAAGGUGUCCAUCAUGGCAGCUCAGACUGACAGACUGCUGGGUAGAGCCACGGGACGUGGCUCCACCCACAGCACUGAUCCUCCUCCACAGUUUCACUGGGAGGCCAUCACAUUAACCUCAUGGCAUUCUUUGCACUCCUCAUGGGUAUGUUUCUUUGCAAGAGCAAGUCGACGAGUCAGACAAGAGAGCACAAGGAAGCGCCUGGCGACGACAUCCUGACUUUCAUGGCAGCGUCUGGACAUGCUGGCUCAAGAUAAAAGCUACUUUGACAUGCAGAAAAUAUACAAACCCUGUUGGAUUUUGUAUCCAAACAGUAAUCCAUGAAAGAAUAAGAAAACAUAAACCAAAAAACUCACUUCUGUGUUGCAUUUGCAUGCAAGGUUUUUUCGCUUAUUCCUCCUCUCCAUCACCCUGAAGAGCUAUAGUGGCAAAUCAUUCUGCUAAUUCAGUAUAUCACAGUAUCCCCGACCACUCCGACUCACAGGCUUACAAACCUAUUAAUCCGUCACAUGAUCAAAGAGGAGGAACUGCACUUGAAUGUAAGAGGGGCAUUGUUAGAUAAGGGUUGGGGUCUGAAAAACGAUGUCUUAAUUUGUUACAUGGACUUUGUAUGGAGUCGUUCUCAGAGGCAGCACUUUGCUUGCCUGAAGUGGUGUGUCCGUGUUUGUUCGAUUCAAUGCAUGUGUUUGAGCUAUAAGCUCCUGCAUGCUUGCCAAACUGCUUUAGUGUUGUUUAUUUUGUAUUUCUAUGUGUAGUUGUGUCUCACUUAUGUCCUCAUCGACUUAUCCUUGCCCUGUGUAAUGUGAACUGUGUAAGGACAAAUGACUUAUUUUGGGUGCUUUUUUUAAACUUUAUUUAUUUAUUUAAGGUUCUGAUUAUGUAUUUAAUUGGCUCAAGAGUGGUUCCGCUUGAGACUGGUUUUCCCCCCUUGUGUGGUAAAAUAUGACAUGUCCCGAUGGUUAAAUGUCUCUGUUAGUUUGUUCUUUGCGUGAACCUCUAAAUCCUAACUGCGGUUUCGAGGAGAGAGUCACAUACCAUUGCCUUGACUUCUUCUUGACUCUGAGAGGUCUCUAUGCUUGCUCUGUACAGGACAUGGGUCGUAUACCUGCCCCUAUACAGGGCAUUGGUCCCCGUACUAGCCUAUAUGGGCAAUCAAAUCCAUAUUUUGGACUAUUGCAUAUUCCUGUAUAUAAACUGACGAGGUAAGGGAAUACAAGGACCCUGACACUUUUUCAUAAGAGGACUGUAUUUAAGAUUAUAAAUUAUUUUACUCCCAUAAUGAGAACUUAAGACAGAGACCUGGGUACACAGGAUGGCUGUAUUGCUUGUAAAUAUUGUAAAUAUUACAAACGGAGUAAUGUGCAUGAGAUUUAAGACAAAAAGAAGAUGUUAGUGGCUAUGGACUGUGAGAGGAUUUUAACUGCUUCACUUUAAGAGUAUCCAGUAUAAGUGUUACUGAAAAGAACAUUUUGUUAAAGCAUGCAACUGAAAAAUCUAAUGUUAGAAUUAUAAGUGGGAAAACAAACUUAGCUGAAACAAUGAUCUUUCAGACAAAACAUUUACAUUUUGUGCUUUUAUUUCUUGGCUAGCAAAAAUUAAACCCUUUUUGCCAGUAGUGCCAAUUAUUAUGAAUGCUAUUUUGCGGAACAAUAUGUUAUGUUGGGGAAGCCAACACCCAAAAGAUAUCAGUAGGAUCCACAGAGGCAACACACAGACAAUAAACCUCGUAAGAGAUCUCGUACUAGCGACAAGCUCUGGGGUUUGUCUAAGGCAAACGUAAGUGUAGACAACCAUGAUGCAAGUAUGAAGAUGAUACUAAUGGUGAUGUUGAUGGUCAUUUUAAUAUGAAUACAAUGAAUGAAGACCCAAAACGGGGAGAGGGCGCUACAUUAUUUACAAUGUGGUUGUGCUUCAGCAACAUACUUAGCUUUUAUUAAGACCAUUAAUCACACCUACAGAGGACCCAGCCUGGCCUCCAGUCAAAGCUUUCCAUCUUCAAACAGAAUGUCUCCUUUCCCCGCUUUUAUCAUAUCAUUUGGUUAUUUCUUCUUUUUCUCCCCAUUUUCACUGCCAUUAUGAUACAACAUGUACUUUUGACUUCUGGAAAGCUCUGUUUAGAAAGUGCCUGCUCAAUAACAGAAAAGUGCAAGCUAAUAUCAGGAAAUAUCUAUUGUAUGUCCUCCAAAAGGUUGCUAGUUACCUGUUUAUUUUCCUAAAUUGUGUGUUAAAAGUGAACUUGACGGUGUUUAACUUGAUCUGAGUCUAAGCAAGAAGCUCUAAUUUGUCAGUGGUAUGAAUGAAUGCUCAUGGCCUGAUUGACGCUGUGUUUUGCUUCAUGAGAUAAACCAGUAAUUACAAUAUCACUUUAUGCCCCACUUGUGUGUCAGUUUUGCAGUAUUAUAGUAAGAAACCCAUCAGCCUCUGUGUAUGAAAGGCAUUGUCACGAGUCUAUUCAACAUCCCCCUCGCUGUUGGGAGGACGAUGUGUUUUCUCACAAGGACUCACUUUCUCUGUCAUUCUUCAAAGGAAUUAUCUUGCGGCAUAUAAACAAAAGCAUUACCCAACAGUUUUUCAGAGGACAAAAUAGCUGUCACUUCUUUGUUUUUUUUCUCUCUCUCACACUGAUGCGCGCGCACACACAUGAACACACACUAACAGUACACAAACGUACACGUUCAGAAACAGCCACACUCUAUCUCUCUGUACUUAUGUCUUUGGGAACAAGUAAAUCCCUCCCUUAGAUUUUACUCAGGGUUGAAGAUCAGAGGGAUGGUAUGUGGAGUGAGAUGAUUGCUGAAACGGAGUUGUUCUUCUGCUGGUGAUCGUGUACAUUUGUGUGUGCAUAUGUAUAUUUAUGUAUCUGUGUAUGUAAGGGAUACUUCAGUUGUUCAUUCACUAACAGAGUAUCUUCAAAUGUUCAUGUUCUUGAUUGAUGCACUCAAGUGCGAUGCUUCAUCAAGCUGCCUUUGCAGACAUUUUUCUACAAGAAACUCCAAAUCCAGUAUUUUAUAGGAUCUUGUUGGAAGAUUAUUAGCUAAAUUGAAGGCAAGUAAUAGGUGUUAUUUCUAUUAGAAUACUUGCUCUUGUGUUAAACGCACAGAAUUCUUGAUACAAAUAGUUCUUAAAUAAAAAGUGGGUAAUGGCCAUACAUCAUCUCAAUUUCCUUAAGUAAAAAUAUAAAAGUUAAGAGAAAGUAUAUUCAAAGAUUCACAAUUGGACGACCUCUGUUAUGCGUGUUUAACAUGUUUUCUGAAUUUCCAUCAUACUGAGACACAGCCACAGUUAGGACUGUCAGGAGCAUUUGUGUUAACAAACAUCCUCUUAAACUGCGCCCACUCACAUCAGCACACUCAUAAAGAACACUGCUCUGGCCUCCUUUUACACACAUAUAUAUAUAUAUACAUAUACACACACAUACAGUCAGAUAUACACAUAGGUCAGCAAAUGUGCUCAUCAGCACACACACACACACACACACACACAGAGAAUACAUACUCCCGAAAUACACAGAUUCCAGAUAACCCAUCAAUAUGUUCAUGUUUUUGGAGAGGAUGGUGACUGUAAAAAGAGUAUAUAGAGUAGAAGAAGUUAAAAAAUAUAUAUAAAAUUAAGAAAUAAUGCCAUAGUAGACAGCUGGUAGACAUGCGCAGAGAUGGCCUCUGUUCUCAUAAAUCCGCCUAGAAAUGAAUGGUAUAACCUUUCAGGCCUUGUUUUGAGAGGGUGUGGCCAAACACCACAUUGCAUGCUAGAAUGGUAGACCCUCAUAGAUAAUCUAUGGCUAGACCUCUCCUCGCCUUCUUCUUAUUUCACCCUGUCUUACCUCUCUCUCUCUCUCUCUCUCUCUCUCAUUUCCUGCUCUAUUCCCACCUUGCCUGCUAUUGUGUUCUCCAUGCCAAUCUCAGUCUUUCAUUCCUCUUUUAUUUUUUGUAGCCUAGUUUUUUAUUUGUUUGUUUUACAAACGUGCAUGCACCUGCAUCACUAAAUUGUUGAUGUUUUUAAAAGAAUAUUUUGUUGCUGAGGCCAUGCAAAGUGUUUUGAAUAUUGCCCUUAUAUGUGGAAAAUGUCUUCUGAAUGCUUUACAUAAUUUCUGCUGUAAAAUGAAAUCAGAAUAAAAAGAAAAUUUGCACUUUAA